UUCAUGAUCGAUACCGAUUACUGAAAACUAAUUGUUAGGAUGUAUAUGCUAAACACCGAAAGAAUCCUGGUAUUGUUUUUACAAGGGAAAAACAAGGCAUUCGUCUUAACGUUGUUAUCAAAGUCUCCUCUUUCCUGAACUGGGCAUAGUUUUUAUUCAUUACUUUGUUUAUUUCCAUGCAUUGUUUCUCUUUUAAUUUGUUCCGCUUGUCAUGGCUCUAAUAAUAUAUGAAAGUUGAAACCAAUCUUAGAUUAAUACAAAUGAAACAUGAAACAUGUUUGACAUUUCAUACAAAUGACACCACUUUGAACCCUAAGAAUGACCUAUUUAAUGUCUGUUUGUUAUGGACACAAGUGUAGUAUCAGGCUUUUAGCUCAACAAAUUAAAUUAUACCAAGAAGCUUUACCCUUUUGAAAAUGGUGUGUUUUUGAAGGAUUCAUAGCCAUGUUUCAUGUGACAGAUAAAUAAUCGCUUUUUGCUUGAUUAAAUGCUUAUAUGGAGUCAUAUCAUCACUGCCAUAUUUUUCUGUUUGUGACUUGAUUUUUCCUUUGCAUCACAAUUGUUCAGUGAAUUACAGUAGUCCUUGUUUUCCAUGGAUCCUUCAACUGAAGAGGUUGAAACAAAACAUGUGGAUAUCAGACCAAUAUCAUCUUCUCAGCCUAACUCACAGGAUGAGGUAUACGUUCACAAGGUGGAAAUUCCCCCCAAGCAAAACCUGUUCGUGGAAUUCAAAGGAAUUGUUAAAGAAACAUUCUUAGCUGAUGAUCCUCUGCGUCCCUUCAAGAACCAACCAAGGUCUCGUAAGUUCUUCCUAGGCAUCCAGGCAGUAUUCCCCAUUAUUGAAUGGGCCAAAGAUUAUAAUUUUACAAAAUUUAGAGGGGAUCUUAUUGCUGGCCUCACCAUUGCAAGUCUCUGCAUUCCGCAGGAUAUUGGGUAUGCAAAACUUGCGAACUUGGAUCCACAAUAUGGAUUGUAUUCCAGUUUUGUUCCACCCUUGGUCUAUGCGUUAAUGGGUAGUUCAAGAGAUAUAGCUAUAGGACCUGUGGCAGUGGUGUCUCUCUUGUUGGGGACUCUGCUUCAGGAUGAGAUUGAUCCCAAAAAAAAUGCAUUUGAGUAUCGACGCCUUGCUUUCACUGCCACCUUUUUUGCUGGGAUUACGCAAGCCACCCUUGGAAUUUUCAGGUUGGGUUUCCUGAUAGACUUCCUAUCCCAUGCUGCCAUAGUCGGUUUUAUGGGUGGAGCAGCAAUUACAAUUACCCUCCAACAGCUUAAGGGUUUUCUGGGCAUCAAGAACUUCACAAAGAAAUCUGAUAUUGUCUCUGUAAUGAAGUCAGUAUUCAAAGCCGCUCACCAUGGAUGGAACUGGCAGACCAUCGUCAUUGGAGCAAGCUUUCUAAGUUUCCUUCUUUUUACAAAGUACAUCGGAAAGAAGAAGAGAAAUCUUUUCUGGGUGCCAGCAAUUGCCCCAUUAAUCUCUGUUGUCAUCUCAACAUUUUUUGUAUUUAUAACCCGUGCAGAUAAACAAGGUGUUCAAAUUGUAAAACACAUAGAGAAGGGAAUCAACCCAUCAUCAGUGGAUAAAAUAUAUUUCAGUGGUGAAUAUCUUAUAAAAGGUCUUAGGAUUGGUGUGGUGGCUGGCCUGAUAGCAUUGACUGAAGCUGUAGCAAUCGGAAGAACAUUUGCUUCCAUGAAGGACUAUCAACUGGAUGGAAACAAAGAAAUGGUAGCACUAGGAACAAUGAACAUCGUAGGCUCAAUGACUUCUUGCUUUGUGGCCACAGGUUCAUUUUCUCGGUCAGCUGUGAAUUACAUGGCAGGCUGCCAUACUGCAGUCUCAAACAUUGUCAUGUCUUGCGUUGUAUUUCUAACCUUGGAGUUCAUCACACCUCUUUUUACGUACACUCCAAAUGCCAUUCUGGCUGCCAUCAUUAUAUCAGCUGUGAUUAGCCUAAUCGACAUUCAGGCAGCAUCUUUGAUAUGGAAGAUUGAUAAAUUUGAUUUUGUUGCAUGUAUGGGAACCUUCUUCGGAGUAGUUUUUUACUCUGUUGAGAUAGGCCUACUAAUUGCGGUCUCUAUAUCAUUUGCUAAAAUUCUCCUCCAAGUUACCAGGCCUCGAACAGCAAUUCUGGGAAAGGUUCCCAGGACAAAUGUGUACAGGAACAUACAACAAUAUCCAAAAGCAACCAAGAUUCCAGGGGUCUUGAUCGUCAGAGUUGAUUCUGCAAUUUACUUUUCCAAUUCUAAUUACAUUAAGGAGAGGAUAUUGAGAUGGUUAACCAAUGAAGAAGAAGCGAAAAAGGCAGCCAACGAACCAAGAAUCCACUCUUUGAUAGUUGAGAUGUCACCUGUUACUGACAUCGACACCAGUGGCAUCCAUGCCUUGGAAGAGUUAUACAAGAGUCUGCAGAAAAGAGACGUUCAGCUUGUUUUGGCAAAUCCAGGUCCAGUGGUGAUCAACAAGCUUCACGCAUCCCAUUUUGCAAACUUGAUUGGCGAUGACAAAAUGUUCCUCACUGUUGCAGACGCUGUGUCAUCCUGCUCUCCCAAACUAGUGGAACAAGUUUGAGAGAGGAAACGCAAAUACAUAGAGUUGUUGGGAGAAAACACAAAUAUUUUAUAUAACACGCAGUUUAGUGUUGAAAUACGUAUAUCACUUGUAUGGAAAGUUAUGAUAAAUAUUAAAUAAUAAAUAUCA